AUGGCUGACUUGGAGUUACAUCCACUACUCACUGUGGAGGGUGCAGUCACUGAAGAGGAUGCCAGGCUUGACGGCUCGCAGUACCACACCUUCAUUUCAAGGUUCAAGGAGCACGAGGGUGAAGCAGCAUUGCAGAUUCAGAAGCAUCCAGAUGAGGCACGUCCAGGCGUCCGGGCAGGAGAAGAAGUUCCAAGUGGCCUGAGGGUGUGGAACGAUGCAAGCACCCGCAGAAGUGCCAUGAAGAAUGGAGCUGGAUGGAUUUGUGAAGUGAAGAUAGGAGCGAAGACCAGGAGCAGAUGGUUCAAUGUGCGGACCUGGGGAAGUUGGCGCCUAGCAUUUGUGCUGGCAAAAUUGCAGCGGAUGGUUUGGGAAAAAGAAGAGUGCCAACCUCCAGUGCAAGGCGAGCGGCCGAAGCCAGUUGCAGUUCGGCCCAGACCUGAAGAUGUCCAGCCCAAACCUGCCCAGCGCAGGAGGCUUACAGCUGCUGGUGACAUUGCAGCAGCACCCGCUGAGGCGCGCCCCGCGGUGGUCCCUUCGGCACCAGCACCUGUGCCCGCACGCACACCGGAGGUGAAUGCCGCCAGCAGCAUGAAACGACCCAGGGAUGAGGCGACCGCAGAGGAGCCGCUGGAGCCAGCCCGUCAGCGUUUCGCCGAAGCUGAACGACCGCAGACCAAAGCUCUGAAGAGAGAGCCUUGGCGGUCACAAUAG